UAGGCAGGUUUUAUGCAUUUAUAAUCAAUAAACGAUUUCUUAAACCUAUUACUUUCUUCCCAAGCAAUCUUGCUAAAUUCAUACAAAGAGGAAGCAAACCAAAUCGAGAACAUGGCGGUGGAGAAAGCUAUGGUGCUAUGGAACAUCAGCAACUGUCCGAUUCCAGAUGGUCAUGAUCCUCUUAUGGUGGUUCAGAGAACACAAGCGGCGGUGGAGAAGUCCGGCUACGUCCGCCGCAACGGUGAGAUCUCAAUCACUGCCAUUGGCGACAAACUAACAGAGGUCCCUGGCGAAGACGUCAUGAGGAGGCUCUCUUCCAUCGGAAUCGCUCUUAAAAACGCUGACGAAUAUCAAAUGGAUUUGUAUGAUUGGGCCGACGAGAACCCUCCUCCGGGUACUAUGAUGGUCAUAGACGGUCAUGAGCAGCUGGGAUGGUUAGCAGGAACACUUUCCGAACUUGAAGAUAAGGGAUUCAGAAUUCUUAAACAGUGGGAUUGGGCUGCCUUGUUCUCAGAUGAACAGGAGACGACAACAACAAGCCUUGUUGUUAAUUCCAGUGUUAAAUCUCCCUGGUUCUGUGAAGUAUGCUUUGUUGCUGCCCCAAGCCUUGAAGAUUUCACCACCCAUCUCAAGUCUGUAAAACAUGCAUAUGGUGAGUGGGACAGGCAUGCUAGUAAAAACAAUGUGGAUCGUACUGACCCUGCUAACCUGCCCUUUGGUCGAUCAAAUGAGUUGGACUUGCUGCUUAAUCAAGACAUGGUUAGACGUCAGAUGUUAACGUCCGGGCGCGGGUGCGGGCGCAGGCGCGGGCAGCUCGGCCCUCUUAGGCCUCGACACACAUUUAACCUAACGCAUUCCAAGGCAAGUUGACAUUUCUUUUCCUUUUCUGAGUUCCAUCUUAUUUACUUAGCUUUUGAUUUUACCUUGACAUGGUUUUUCAUUCUAACAGUAUUGAAGGAAGAAGAAUAAUAAGCUGGAGAGUGGAGAAGAAGCGUGGAGGGUGUUUCGAUUUUCAUAUGGUUUUAUGUAAUAAAUAAAAAUACUUACUACUGUGCUAUCUUUUGUUAAACAUCGCAAUUCAGUCUUACAUAUCUCCAACGUUUUAUAUUUGUCAUUUCGAAAGUAUGCUCU